CUUAAAGCUACAGUGGGGUUAGUGGGAUCUAAAUCUCUUGUGUCUGUGUCUUCUCAGCUGUCUCUCUUCCCGCUGCCUGCUUCAGUGCGUCUGGAUGAGUGUGCGUGUAUGUGGAUGUGCAUGUCUGUCUCUUUCUCUCCUGUCCUCUGUAACUGUCUCUUCUCUAUCUCCAUUCCUUUUCUUCCCUUCCUUGUCUUUUUUCUUGCUGUCUUAUCCCCUUUCUGUGGCUACCUUUUUUCUCUUCACUGUAAUUUAAUUGCUUUUCUCUGCCAACUGGGAAUGCUAAAACUGGACUGAUGGACAUUUCCGAACUUUGCAUCUCAGACCCUCUCAGCUACCACAACCAGCUGCUUGGCAGAAUGUCCACGGAGGAGCGGCACCUCACCUCUAGUUGCGGGUCCUUCAUCAAGACUGAGCCGUCCAGCCCAUCCUCCGGCAUUGAUGCCAUCAGCCAUCACAGUCCCAGCGGCUCCUCUGAUGCUAGUGGUGGCUACGGCAUCUCCAUAGGUGGCCACCCUAACGGCCUGGACUCACCGCCCAUGUUCAAUGGCUCAGGGAUUGGGGGUGGGUCCUGCCGUAAACGCUACGACGACUGUGCCAGCGCUAUCAUGGAGGACUCGCCCACCAAAUGCGAGUACAUGCUCAAUGCCAUCCCCAAGAGGCUCUGCCUGGUGUGCGGGGACAUUGCAUCUGGCUACCACUAUGGCGUGGCUUCCUGCGAGGCAUGCAAAGCCUUCUUCAAAAGAACAAUUCAAGGGAACAUUGAAUACAGCUGCCCAGCCACCAAUGAGUGUGAGAUCACGAAACGGAGGCGCAAGUCCUGUCAGGCCUGUCGCUUCAUGAAAUGCCUCAAAGUGGGGAUGCUGAAAGAAGGAGUUCGUCUGGACCGGGUCCGCGGAGGACGCCAGAAGUACAAGAGAAGAUUGGACUCAGAGAGCAGUACUUAUCUGAGCUUACAGAUUCCUCCUCCAGCCAAAAAGCCAUUGACUAAGAUCGUCUCCCACCUGAUGGUGGCAGAGCCAGAGAAGAUUUAUGCCAUGCCUGACCCCACCAUGCCGGAGAGUGACAUCAAAGCGCUGACAACCCUCUGUGACUUAGCAGACAGGGAACUGGUGGUGAUCAUUGGAUGGGCAAAGCACAUCCCAGGUUUCUCUAAUCUCUCUCUGGGGGACCAGAUGAGCCUCUUGCAGAGCGCCUGGAUGGAGAUCCUCAUCCUGGGCAUCGUGUACCGCUCCCUGCCCUAUGAAGACAAGCUGGUCUAUGCCGAAGACUACAUCAUGGAUGAGGAGCACUCGCGCCUAACAGGGCUGCUGGAACUCUACCUGGCCAUCCUGCAGCUGGUGCGCCGCUACAAGAAGCUGAAGGUGGAGAAGGAGGAAUUUGUCACCCUCAAGGCCCUGGCCCUUGCCAACUCAGAUUCCAUGCACAUAGAGGACAUGGAGGCAGUGCAGAAACUCCAGGACCUGCUCCAUGAAGCCCUGCAGGACUACGAGCUGAGUCAGCGCCACGAGGAGCCACGGCGGGCGGGCAAACUGCUGCUGACCUUGCCCCUCCUGCGGCAGACAGCCGCUAAAGCUGUGCAGCACUUCUACAGCAUCAAACUGCAGGGCAAGGUCCCCAUGCACAAACUCUUCCUAGAAAUGCUAGAGGCCAAGGUCUGACGGCCCCAGUGCCAGCCCGCAGCCGCCGGGGAACAAACUAGAAACAAAGGCGCAGACACAGAGCAAUUCAGCAGCAGGGGCCGGCUUUUAUCUCCAAUCAUUUAUUAUGGAAGAAUUAUUUAACGUCCAGCUGUCGGCCUGCUUGUCUGCAGAAUCUCAUGUACAGAGGGGGAAACUCUUUUAAUCAGUCACCUGUUUCUCUGUUUUUGUUUUCUCUGUAGGAAGUACCAGAGCGUGCUCGUGCACUUGCAGAGGGGGCUGGAGGGAAUGUGGGUCCCUGAACAGCUAUGCUCACUGCUGUAUCCAAGGCAGCCUGUUCCACAGCUCCCUCCACCAACUCUGGAGAGGGGCAGGACAUGAGGAAGAAAAGAGUCAAUAACCUUCAGCUGGUGGUGUUGUGAGGGGAGGCAGAGAGGGUGGCUCCUGCUGUUUGUCUCCAGCUCACAGGCCCCUGGGGUAUGUGCUUAUUUAGAAAAGAGCCUCAUGGCACCUCUUCACUCCAAGGUGGUUGCCUCCUGCACUCCCCUAGCUACACAUAACACAUGUACAUAGAGGUCCCACUUCCUGUUGGGAAAGAUGCCCCUGCCCAUGUAAGAUAUUUGGCAAUCUUGUACAGUGUGUCAUUACGCCUGGCUAUUCCGCUCCCCGGGCAGUCCCCCAUUCCCGUGGGCUAGUCAGGUGGGAGGCUUUGUCUCAGAAAAUGUGAGUCCCCUCUCUCCAGGAAAUGAGCCUGACAUUUUGCUCUGGUGCUGGAUUCAUGUGAUAGUCUCUGCAUCCUCACACAUGGUGCUAAUUAAAAUCUCUCCAUUUCUACCAUGCAAUGAUCAAAUCUGCCUCAUCAACUCAGAAAAUAGCCCUCCCCUCCCACACAUGACAAAUAUCUGUCUGCAAUAACUGGGCCCAAAUGUAAAUACCCCCCUCUCACAACCAGGGGCAUGGUCCAUCCAUUUUGGAUAGAAUGGAUGUUUGCCUCCAUAGAAGCUUGGACUUAACUCCAGUUGGAACAAAGAGCAUUGUCCUUUAAAAAAAAUUACAUACCACACACCUGGGAAGCUGCUAGUUAGUGCCAUCUUAAAACACAAUAAAGUCAUUUAAUUCCUGAGUCUCACAUAUUGUUAGCCAUGUCCCCUU